AUGUGGGUCUUGUUCGCGCCCGAUGCCGGCACUGACCCCCUGUGGCAGACACUGGAAGAGAAUGAAUUCUUCGAGCUUCAAGCCUACAAGCCCGCCACAUCGAGCAAGAAUGAAACAUCACUACUCUCCAUGCUCACGGCUCUUCCCUCAUCUCUCCUCGCCACCUCUCGCGCCCCCAGCUUAAUUGGUGGGGGAACCGAAGAGAACUUUCCUUACCGCAUUCUUCUCAAGACACAACCCCCCUACGGCCAGCGCCAUGCCGCGAAGCAGCAGAGCAAGGAAGCCAAAGACUCCGGAUCUGUGGAGCUCUCGUCCGUUGCGGACAGCUCUCACGGUGGCAGCCGCGCCCCCGCUCAAGUCAUCGCGCUUGCCAAGGACCUGCGGGUAAUCAAGGAGCACUGGAACUGGCUCGUCAAUGACAUGUCGACAGCGUGCUCCUUCUUCACGCGAGAGUCGGAGAAGGAGGAGAACGAGCUGUGGGACUUCCUUCUCAUGAAGUUCACUUCCAUGGCGCAACAGGAAGCGAAGAAAAGGGAAAUGCAACGAGAGCGUGAACGCGAAAAGGCCAUGGAGCGCGAACGUCAGCUCGAGAUCGCCACCUUCGUAGACAACAAGCACAAGUAUGCCAAAAAGCAGGCCAACAUCAUGAUCAACGAAGAGGAAGAGGAGGACAACAAGGCCAAGGAAAAGCGUUUCGAGGAGAUGGAUCAGAGCCGCCAGGCGCUUUGGAAGAAGCUCUUCCCGAAGAUCUCCACCAUCGAGCGGCUCAUCGUUGAGUAUCCGUGUUCGCUGGAGCGAAAGGGUGUCGAGCGACGAGGCCUCUUGUUAGUCACCCCGCGACACGUCUGCUUCCACAGUCCGCGGCUCAACACACGCGUGGCCAUCUACUGGCGGGUCAUCACGUCGCUCUCGCGCGCCACGGCGGUCAAUGGCACCGUCCCGGCCAUCUACGUAACUUGCCUCGGCGCCUACCACGAAGAGACUUUGAGCAAACGAUGGGCCUCCUGGUCCGAAUAUGGCACAUGGCGCUGCUCGAGGUGCGACAUCUUUUUCUCGUGA